AUGCUGUCAUGCCCAUCGGAUGGGUUCGGUAGCUGUGGUGCCUAUAUAAUUAGAAUUCCAUGUGGUCCUCGUGACAAGAGCUAUAACAGGUAUAUUCCUAAAGAAUCACUCUGGCCUUACUUACCUGAAUUCAUCGAUGGGGCUCUAGGUCACAUCGUCAACAUGGCAAGAGCUUUAGGAGAACAAGUCAAUGCUGGAAAACCGGCAUGGCCUUAUGUCAUUCAUGGUCAUUAUGCUGAUGCCGGGGAAGUAGCAGCACACUUGUCAGGAGUCCUAAAUAUACCAAUGGUUUUAACAGGGCACUCACUAGGUAGGAACAAAUUAGAGCAGUUACUUAAACAAGGAAGGCUCUCUAGGGAGGACAUCAACACAACCUACAAGAUAAUAAGACGAAUUGAAGCUGAAGAGUUAGGGUUGGAUUCUGCUGAAAUGGUAGUGACAAGCACUAGGCAAGAGAUUGAAGAGCAAUGGGGUUUGUACGACGGAUUUGAUAUACAGUUGGAAAGGAAGCUUAGAAUUAGGAGACGGAGAGGAGUAACAUGGCUUGGAAGAUACAUGCCAAGGAUGGUGGUUAUACCACCAGGCAUGGAGUUCAGCAGUGUUGCAACACAAGAUUCAUCUUAUGGCGAUGGAGAUCUGAGAUCAUUGAUUGGCACAGACAGAACCCAGAGAAGACCUAUACCUUCAAUUUGGUCUGAGAUCAUGCGAUUUUUCACAAACCCUCACAAGCCCAUGAUACUAGCAUUGUCCCGUCCAGAUCCCCAGAAAAAUGUCACCACAUUGAUCAAGGCAUUUGGGGAAUGUCAACCCCUUCGAGAACUGGCAAAUCUGACAUUGAUACUCGGAAACAGAGGUGACAUAGAAGAGAUGUCCGACAGCAGUUCAGUCGUUCUUAUGACAGCUCUCAAGCUUAUUGAUAAGUAUGACUUGUAUGGUCAGGUGGCAUAUCCAAAGCAUCAUAAGCAACCAGAAGUCCCUGAAAUAUAUCGUCUAGCAGCAAAAACUAAGGGAGUUUUCAUUAAUCCAGCUCUGGUGGAACCAUUUGGUCUCACUCUUAUAGAGGCAGCUGCUUAUGGAAUACCAAUUGUCGCCACGAAACAUGGUGGACCUGUAGACAUACUGAAGGCACUCAACAAUGGCGUACUAAUUGACCCAUAUGACCAGAAAGCCACAUCAGAAGCUCUUCUAAAGCUUGUUGCUAACAAGAACCUCUGGCACGAGUGCCGAAAAAAUGGUCUAAAAUAUAUCCACCGUUUUUCAUGGCCAGAGCACUGCCGUAGCUACCUCUCCUAUGUUGAGCAGUGCAAAAACCACCACCCUAAUAACCAUCUUUCUGUCAUGCCAAUUCCUGAGGAGCCGCUGAGCGAAUCACUCCGUGGUGUCGAAGACCUUUCUCUAAAAUUCUCCAUUGAUAUAGAUGUCAAGGUUAGCGAACAUGAUGCGCCUAAUAAAGAGGAGCUCACUGACAUUCUAAUCCAAAAAGCUAGUUCUAUUGGAAAAUCCAUCAACAUCUAUUGUCCAGGGAGAAGACAAUGGCUGUACGUAGUGGCUGUUGACUGUUAUAGCAGAAAUGGAAGUCCUACUAAGGCAUUACCUUUAGUUAUCAAAAAUGUGAUGCAGGCUGCACGAUCAAAGUCAGGUCAGAUAGGUUUUGUAUUAUUGACAGGUUUAAGUCUAACUGAGACAAAUGAGGUACUGAAAAGUUGCCAGGUAAAAUUGGAAGACUUUGAUGCAUUGGUUUGUAACAGUGGAAGUGAAAUAUCGAUAGUAACGAGGCUUGUCAAGAUAGAAGAUGGAGCUGAGGAUGAUGUUAUGCAACAGAUAAAUCAGUGCGGCUAUCUAUGCUUCUCAUAUAGAAUCAAACAGGGAGAGAAGACUCGGAACAUUGAUGACCUGAGACAGAGGUUACGAAUGAGAGGCCUGCGAUGCAAUCUUGUCUACACACAUGCUGCAUCGAGAUUGAACGUGAUACCAGUAUUCGCAUCAAGAGACCAAGCUCUAAGGUAUCUAUCAGUUAGAUGGGGUAUUGAACUUCCCAAAAUUAUUGUAUUUGUGGGAGAAAGAGGGGAUACAGACUUCGAAGGCCUGCUUGGAGACAGCUACAAAAAGAAUGACUCGGCUUCUGAAGACAGCCCAAACAUAGUUCUUGCCGAGGGGUUUGAAGCUCAUGAGAUCUCCAUAGCGUUGGGAUGUUUAGGGCUCAUGACUUACCUCCAUGAUAGGAAUGAGAUCUGA